AUGGCCUCUCUCCUCGAUCUUCCACGCGAGCUCCGGGACAUGAUCUCCAACACCCUAAUAAUCAACAACCAACCCUUCCGCCUCACCUCCACCACCCAACUGAGAACCAACUCCCCUACGUCCGGUCUCGACCAGACCUGCCGCCAAUUCCACGCCGAAUACGCACAUCUUCUUCGCCGCGCGGCGUUCACCUCUGGAACCAAGACCGUCGUUCCCGUUCACAAUUUCGAUUUCAGCCAGAUGCUCGCUUUUGCAAAGGGACUUAGACCGCAUGAGGUGUCCGCCGCGAGCCGCAAUCGGAAUUUGGUGGUCAAUUUAUUCGUGUUCGAUCCGCAGGCAUUGAACGUGCAGAGUUUGGUGGAGUGGGUGAAAUUGUGCGAAAAGACGGGCUUGGAAGUGGAGUACGUUUUGCAGUGGAAUGCAUUUGAUGUCAAGACUUUAGUGAAGGGUGUGGAGGGCGCUGUGGGUGGGUUCAGGGAGGGAGGGAAGAUUGUCAAGGCGUUGAAGACGAAGAGUGUGGGUGGAUGGAGUUGGGAGGGAUAUUGUAAGGAAGUGAAGCAGGGGAGGAAGUGA